AUGUCAAACCCCGCGCAAGCCUUUGACCCUCGACGGGCGACUAUUUAUGGCCGACAACCAGAAGAGCUACAUAUUCCGGCCGGAAAUUCGGCGCCAGGCGCCCUUCCGCGACAUUCGAUGUCCCACGAUUACCCUACGAGCCCUGACACCCAUCUCCCUUCGAUCAAUAUCCAGCCUUCGGGCUCUCAGCCCAGCCAGUAUAGCAGCGGAAACGGUGGUAUAAGUGGAGCAACUUUGCCCGGUGCUCUCCAGCCAGGUAAUGCUGCCAAUCGCCCACCAGCAGUCUCGGUGAAUACUGCUCCGUCUAUUCUUCCCACCCUGCCUCAACUGACCACACAAUUGCAACACCAACCCCAGCCCCAGCCUCAGCCUCCAUCAACGACACCGCGGUCCGGCAUGAACUCCCAUGGUCACUCCAGAUCCAGCCCGGCAGGAUUCGAGCAGCAGAAGUACCGGCCUCCUGGGUCAUCGCCAGGUGUUGGAUAUCAGCCUCCCACCCCCCAAGGCGCAAAGUAUUCGCCCCUAGGAUUGGCAGAUAUUCGUCCCCCGGGGGACCUUCUAAGCGAUCCUAUUGCAAGUACAGGCGCAUCUGCCUUCAGUAGCGCUGAAAAUCAAGUACCUACCAACAGCAACUACAUCACCCCUUGGCCUAUCUAUGCUGUCGAUUGGUGUAAAUGGCCAGUGACUGGAAAUGCAGGCUCCUUCGGCGGAAAAAUUGCUUUAGGAAGCUAUUUAGAAGACCACCAUAAUUAUAUACAAAUUCUCGAUACCCAACUUGCACAUCCCGACCCUGAUACAUCCGAUGCCACUGCCGGGGAGGUCAAGCUGGAAUAUGUUAAGACAGCUGAAGCUACCCAUUCAUAUCCAGUUACACGAAUCCUAUGGGAACCCCCGUCAUCCCAGAAGCAGUCCACAGACCUGUUAGCCACGUCCGGAGAUCAUCUCCGACUAUGGUCCUUACCAAACUCUCAAUCUCCGCAUGUUACCAAUUCUAUUACGCGACCGGCAAACCAAAGGGAUGCACCGCCUGUAAAGUUAUCACCUCUGGCCUUGCUUUCGAACUCCAAAUCACCCGAGCAUACCGCUCCUAUUACCUCACUAGACUGGAACACAAUCUCUCCAAGUCUGAUCAUCACCUCUAGUAUCGACACGACCUGCACGAUCUGGGACAUUCCCACCUUGACAGCCAAGACCCAGCUUAUUGCGCACGACAAGGAAGUAUACGAUGUGCGCUUUUGCGCGAACAGCGUCGAUGUGUUCGUCAGCUGUGGUGCUGACGGCAGUGUUCGCAUGUUCGAUCUGCGCAGCCUGGAACACAGCACCAUCAUAUAUGAGCCAACAGAAAAGAAUGAGAAAUUGAUGAGCCCAGGCAAUGGCAGUCCCUCCGCUCCAGCUUCCGCCUGGCCUCCGCCGCUACUGCGCAUCUCCGCCUCACCUCAUGAUGCUCACCUGCUUGCCACAUUUUCGCAAGACUCGAACAUAGUCCGUGUCUUGGAUGUUCGCCAGCCCGGCCAGGCACUUCUAGAACUCAAGGGCCACUCCGCCUCUCUCAAUUCCGUUGAAUGGUCUCCUAACCGACGCGGUGUCCUUGCCUCCGGUGCAGAUGACUGCCUCGUCCUGCUCUGGGACCUCAUCAACCAACACAACUCCACCCCUGUCAUACCAGCCGCGCACACACCCGGCACACCAUCUACAACCACCGAGCGCGGCCCCGCAGCCGCAUGGCAGUGCGAUUACGAAAUAUCAAACAUCAGCUGGUCACCACAAGGGGGCACCACAAGCGCCGGCCACCCUCGUGACUGGCUAGGCGUCUGUGGCGGACGAGGAGUAUGGGGCGUCGCCUUGUAA